UCCUGAUCCCCGCAAUUUGCUAGACGGGAGUGGACUCUGGGCAUCGAUCGGUUUCGGCAUCGGUAGUAACGUUCACCUCAGCUGAGGCGAAGACAGCUUUAUAAACCCCCAUCCCCUACUGACUUCUACUCUUCUUUUUUCUCAUCCCAUCCACGACAAAACACUCUCGUUUACAGUCCAACUUUUUCGUGCUCUCAAAACACUUACACUCGCUUAAGCUUAUACCAGCACCAAAAUCGUUCAAAAUGGGUUUCAUCAAGUCCGCCUCCAUCGCCAGCGUCCUCAUCGGCGCUGCCACCGCCUCUCCCCACUAUGCUCCUCCCUCCAACGAGACCGUCCACUACACCACUGAGGUCGUCACUCACCUGACCACCUACUGCCCCGGUGCCACCACCCUCACCUACGGCGACAAGACCUACACCGUCACCGAGGCCACCACCCUCACCAUCGAGGACUGCUCUUGCACCGUCACCAAGCCCGUUGCUACCGGCACCGGCUAUGCUGCUCCUCCCAAGCCCACUCACGCCAAGGACUGCGCUGAGAUGUGCUCUGACAAGUACGAUGACUGCCGUGUCGCCCCCAACGCCAACAUGGCUACCUGCGCUGCUGAGUACGCUGCCUGCCUGAACUACAACCCCUGGGAGAGCGGCAAGUUCGUCAAGCCUACCUCUUGCCACGCUGGUGGAAAGCCCACUGCUGUCUACACCACUGAGGUUGUCACCGCUGUCACCACCUACUGCCCUGAGGCCACCACCCUCACCUACGGCAACAAGACCAUCCCCGUCACUGCUCCCGGCACCGUCACCGUCCCUGACUGCCACUUCACCACCACCAAGCCUAUUGUUCCUACUGGCUAUGCUCCCCCCAAGCCCUCUUCUCCCGCCGAGAACAAGGACUGUGCUGAGAAGUGCUCCGACGCCUACAACAAGUGCCGCACUGGUGCUGACGCUAACAUGUCUUACUGCGCUGCUACCUACUCUGAGUGCCUUGGCUACUCUCCCUUCAACGGUGAGGGUUCUCUCGUCACCCCCACUGCUUGCUCUGUUGCUCCCGUUGCUACCAAGCCUGCUACCGCCCCCGCCUACAACCCCCCUGCCGGUACCCAGCCCGCUGGUGCUCCUCCUGCUACCACCCCUACUCACGUCGUCACUGCUGGUGCCGCCCAGGUUGUCCCUGCCGGUAUCAUUGCCGUCGUUGGUGCUCUUGCCAUGCUCUAAAUGGUUUAAUGGUGUGAUUGUUUGAAGGGAGGAGGUGGAUGGUGGACUUUUUUACUUCACCCAUAUGUAAUUUGUGCUAGAUCUAUCGCAUAUACUUAUAGACAACUGAAAUACGAUUUGGUACUUUAAAUGCUUCUAUUCCCCAG